GUAGAGACUCGUCGACGGAUUCAACAAGAAUGGGAAGAGGAAGACGACACAGAGGUCGUUCGCAGAGAAACCAAUUAGAAGAUAGCAAAGAAAAUGUUCGCAAACCCCUCAAAUCCGAUGCUUCCUUUGAUUCCAACAUCCAGAACCGCACCUGGUCGAAUCUUGAUUUCGAGGAGUAUUACAAGGAGCAAAGGAUAGUGAAGGCAGAAGAGUGGGAUUCGUUCAUGGAUAUUCUUCGUAAGCCAUUGCCUGCUGCUUUCAGAGUUAAUUCCAAUGGCCAAUUUUGCGAUGAGAUUCGGUCGAUAUUGGAGAAUGACUUCGUGAAAUCUCUUCAGGCUGAGGCUAUAGAGAGUGGUGAAUUGGAGGCUAUCAAGCCCUUGCCUUGGUACCCUAAGAAUCUUGCUUGGCAUUCUAAUUUUUCACGGAAGGAGAUUAGAAAAAACCAUACACUUGAGAGGUUUCAUGAAUUUCUAAAGUUAGAAACAGAAGUUGGGAACAUGACCAGGCAGGAAGCGGUUAGCAUGGUGCCUCCUCUUUUCCUUGACGUACAUCCAGAUCAUUUUGUCCUCGACAUGUGUGCUGCACCUGGUUCCAAGACAUUUCAGCUGCUUGAAAUAAUACAUGAAACAUCAGAACCAGGAUCUUUACCUAAUGGAAUGGUGGUGGCGAAUGAUGUUGAUUAUAAAAGAUCUAACCUUCUUAUUCACCAAACCAAAAGAACGUGUACGACCAACUUGAUGGUCACUAACAAUGAAGGCCAACAUUUCCCUAGCUGCAACUCGAAGAGAACCUUGUCCAUAGCAUCUGAGAUUUAUCAUCAUACAAUUGAUCAGCUUCUUUUUGAUCGUGUCUUAUGCGAUGUACCGUGUAGUGGUGAUGGUACUCUACGCAAGGCUCCAGACAUAUGGCGAAGAUGGAAUUCUGGAUCGGGAAAUGGACUUCAUAGUCUACAGGUUGUGCUUGCCAUGAGAGGUUUGUCUCUGCUAAAAGUUGGUGGGAGAAUGAUAUACUCAACCUGCUCAAUGAACCCGAUUGAAGAUGAAGCUGUUGUUGCUGAAAUUCUGAGAAGGUGUGGAUGCUCUGUUGAGCUUGUAGAUGCCUCAGAUAAGCUUCCUAGACUUAUCCGAAGACCAGGUCUUAAGAAAUGGAAGGUGCAUGAUAGAGGUGGCUGGUAUAGAUGUUACAAAGAUGUUCCGAAAUCGCAGAGAGAUGGAAUUCUGAAAAGCAUGUUUCCUUCUGGUAGAAGCGAUAAAGACUCAACAAAUGGCGGAAACAGCUAUGAAGAAAUGGCUUCUAUCUCUUCUGAUGAAUCAGCCGAGGAAGUCUGUGAUCUUCCCCUUGAACGCUGUGUGAGGAUACUGCCUCAUGAUCAGAACACUGGGGGAUUUUUCAUUGCAGUCCUUCACAAAGUUUCACCUUUACCAGAAAUUCAGGAGAAACUAAAUCAGAGAAGAAACUUGUCUACUAGAAACAGAAAGUCAUCAUAUGAAGCAGUUUCUGACACUGUGGUUACUAAAUCCGAGGAAGGUGCACAGGAAAUAGUUCUAGAAGAAUCAUCAGCUUCAGAUAAUAAUGGCUUGAAGCCGCCUGAGAAGGAAAGCACCAGCAAAGAAGGCAUUAUAGAAUUAGCUCAAGAACUCGACGAAAAUGGAAAGAGGAAAGUACCACCAGUGCAAGGGAAAUGGAAAGGCCUUGACCCUGUUGUUUUCUUGAGAGAUGAAACAGUGAUCCACGGGAUCAAAACAUUUUACGGCAUCAAAGAUGAAUCCUUUCCCCUGUAUGGUCAUCUCGUGACUAGAAACAGCGACACGAGCAGCAAAGGCAACGUGAAGAGGAUUUACUAUGUUUCAAGAUCGGUUAAAGAUGUUCUUGAGCUUAAUUCUGCGGUUGGGCAGAAGAUUAAGAUCGCAUCUGUUGGCCUCAAGAUGUUUGAGAAACAGUCGGCAAGAGAAUGUGAAGCCAACUCUUGCUCAUUCCGGAUAACGUCAGAGGGAUUGCCAGUGAUCCUUCCGUACAUGACCAAACAAAUACUUCACGCAACAAUGGUGGAUUUCAAGAAUCUCCUGCUACACAAAUCGAUCAAGUUCUCAGAUUUCGUCAUACCACAGUUUGGCCACAAGGCAGCAGAACUAGCCUUGGGAUAUUGCGUGGUGGUUCUCGACGACGGUACUCAGAAGCUCGGGUCAGAACCAGUCAAAGUGAAUUCGUCAACAAUAGCCAUUGGAUGCUGGAAGGGGAAAGCUAGCUUAACCGUUAUGGUCACGACAAUAGAUUGCCACCAACUUAACCAGAGGCUGUCUGAUACAAAAAGUCUGAACGUCUAGCUACUACCUAUGGAGACAACCUCAUCUUCUUCCAAAUGAUGACAAUGUUGAUUAGUUUUAAUGAUAUUACCAAAAGUAAAAGAAGAGUGGCCUCUUUAAU